AUGGAGCAGCAGCAACACGGCGGCCUCCUCUCGCCGCCGGAGCUGUCGCCUCUAGAGCAGGAAGUCCUAGAAGAGUACGAGCGGCUAUCAACAAACAUGAAGACUCUGGCGACUCUGCUGGACAAUCUGGCGUCGAACCCGACCGUCGGGAUCCUCGACGGGCUGCGGGAGCUGGAGCGCAAGACGAGCUUGGCGUUUACGCUGCUCAAGGCGAGCGUGUACAGCAUUGUGCUGCAGCAGGAGAUUGAUUGGGGCGCUGGGGCCGAGGAGGAGAAGGAGGAGACCAAGGUGGAGGAAGAAGACGAAGAAGAAGAGUAG